AUGGAGCACGGCAAUUCUGCCAUGGUCCAUGCUCGCCAUAAGCGAGCUCUACUGGACGGCGUGUCAUGUGACGAAUUACACGAGAAGCUAGAGAUCAUCCCAAAUACGAGCUACCCCAAAAUACCCUUUCAACCUUCACGAAGUCAUUCCCCAAAACAAAGGUUCCGAGACCUGGCACCUCCCGGAGAACCGACAACAGGAGAACAACAAAAGAGUGGCGGGUUGACACAACUUGCUCUCUCCAUUGAAACGGGCCGAGCCCGCGUGGAUGUGGACCCGCUCUGGAUCGAUGUCGCUGCCACCCAGCCAUGCGGAUUCCUCCGACGGCCGGUCAUUGGUGGCUUGCAAAACGGCUUUUCCGCCUGCAAAACAUUCCAUUCAUCAACGCCCGAUCGAUACCGGCCGCUCGAAGCACUUGCAGCCUUCGAUAUCGACGCGUUUCGAGCACUCUACUUCAAACCGGAAAAGCCCGCGGUCUUGCCACGUGCCCACUUUCAGGAUAUUCCCGCCUUCCAGAAAUGGUUCGUAGGCAAUGACCUUUCAAUGAUCGCGAGAGAUCGGCCGGCUGCUCGAUUGAACCUGGACUAUCUUCAGAGAUACGCUCAGAGCGCCGACGUACCCGUCGAACUCACAGAAUUAUCUCGGACCUCCAUCAAAGGGACUGCACAUGACGAAGGCUCCCAGACCGCCCCGGAUCGGACAGUCGACGCGGUGAGCUUCCAAAGAGCGUAUAUGCCGCUCUCUCUCUUCCUGGAGUGGAUGCGCGAAGCGGACCCGACUUGUCAAACGACACGACUCUAUCUCGCACAGUGUCAGCUCUUUGAUCUGCCAGCCGUGCUCCGGGAUGAUAUCCACCCUCCGGACCUCGUCACCAAGGCUGGCAGGGGCGACAUUUACGACACAAAUAUCUGGAUCGGCCACCCCCCAACCUACACCCCGCUCCACCGUGACCCUAAUCCGAAUCUAUUUGUUCAGCUAGCGGGUCGAAAAGUGGUCCGACUUCUUGCGCCGACGGCUGGCCAGGCGUUGUUCUCUUCGGUCCGUGGGCAACUCGGUCAGAGUGGAGGAAAAGAUGCAGCUGUCUUUCGGCGAGGAGAUGAUGCAGGGUCAGGAACGGGCGCUCUUGGAUGA